AUGUCUUACUUUGCCUCUGCAGGAUAUCUGACCGUAACGAUUGAGCCAUUGCUACCAGUUGUUGUGGGAGAUACAGUGACUCUAAAGUGCAACUUCAAGACAGAUGGAAGAUUGCGAGAGAUCGUUUGGUACAGGGUUACAGACGGAGGCACUAUUAAGCAGAAGAUUUUUACGUACGAUGCUAUGUUCAAUACCAAUUACUCCCAUAUGGAGGAUUACCGGAGACGGGAAGACCUGGUGUAUCAAUCGACGGUCCGGCUCCCAGAGGUCCGGAUCUCAGACAACGGACCUUAUGAAUGCCAUGUUGGAAUCUAUGACCGAGCGACACGGGAGAAGGUCGUCCUGGCAUCAGGGAACGUCUUUCUUACCGUGAUGUCUCCACCCAACAACAUCUCAGUUGUGGCAGAGAACACACCAGCACCGUUCAGCCGCUACCAGGCCCAGAACCUUACUCUGGUCUGCACUGCCAAAGGAGGCAAACCAGCUCCAUCGCGGCUCCUAAAGGCCCCAAGCUUAUGAUAACCCCUACCAGAGCAAAGGUAGGGGAUACGGUUCGCAUCACCGUCCAAGGUUUCCAGGUAGGAUCU